AAGGAGAGGACAGAGGUCACAAGAGCUGUGACUCACACGCACUUAAAAACCACUUCAGCAGCUCACUCUCUGCAGGACCCAUCGAUUGAAACGGUGCAUCUCACCCGUGUGGAGCGCUGACCGAGCCCGAAGCUGGAAGACUGAGACACAGGAGCGUUUGUGAGACUAAACUACAGGUUUGAUGUGCUCAGGACCGUCCACGUGAGUGUCAGCAGAUUGUCUAGCGGUAACCAUGACGACUGCCGAGCCACCAAACGGACUGCAUCACCGAAACCUCAAGGCCCCUCAGCCAGAUGAGAACGCCAGUAAUGCCUGGGGCCGUAAUAUUGCACAGGAAGAGGAUCUUAGACAGUGGCACAACCACGCACAGAGGGUGAAGGUGAGAGUCCUGGAGCAGGUCCAGGACCAGCUCAGUAAUUUACUGGAUGUAGCUCUGACUGAGUCGGUCCAGCCUUUUACCCAAAUCCCCUCAGUCAAUGGAAAAACGACAAAGAAACCCGCAUCUAGUUCUCAGAGGAUGGACGAUGGCAAAGUUUUCGUGGCCCGGCCAUCAUUGUUGGAUGAACUGUUUGAGAUCGACCACAUCAGGACCAUCUACCACAUGUUCAUCGCCGUUCUCCUCAUCUUCUGCAUGAGCACGCUGGCUGUCGACUACAUCGACCAGGGCAGGUUGGUCUUGGAGUUCGACCUGCUGUUCUAUGCCUUUGGGAAGCUGGGGACAGUCACCUGGGCCUGGGCUGUGAUGUUCACCUACACCCUCCUCGUCCCCUACUACGCCCUGGUUUUUUGGGGAUCUAUGUACCACAGCUCCACCUCUAAGUUGGGGCUGUCUAUCGGUGUUGGUCUGGCCCUGUCCGCAGUGCAGACCUACGUACUGGGACAGUUCCCGAUUCACGUGGUCGUCCACUACCAGCUGCCACCAGCCUCACGGUUCAUAGUGAUACUGGAGCAGAUUCGAUUCCUGAUGAAGAGCUACUCGUUCGUAAGAGAAACUGCCCCUGUUGUUAUGAAGAAUCCACCAAAGGAAGGAGAGAGUCCCAGAUUUCCAACAUUUUCCAGCUAUCUGUACUUCCUCUUCUGUCCAACACUCAUCUACAGGGAAUCAUAUCCUCGGAAUUCCCACAUAAGAUGGAAGUAUGUCGGUGUCACACUCGGAAUGAUCUUGGGAUGCCUGUUUUACGGCUACUUCAUCCUGGUGCGCCUUUGUGUGCCCCUCCACACGCAGGAGACCAACCUGCCGUUUAGCAAGCGAACGAUGGUCCUGGCCGUGUUCAACUCAAUAUUACCAGGUAUAAUGCUCCUGCUGUUGUGUUUCUUCGCCUUCCUCCACUGCUGGCUCAACCUCUUCGGGGAGCUGCUGUGUUUCGCUGACAGGAUGUUUUACAAGGACUGGUGGAACUCGACGUCUUUCGCCAACUAUUACCGGACCUGGAACGUGGUGGUUCAUGACUGGCUCUAUUACUACGGAUACAGAGACUUCCUCUGGCUGUCGAAGAGGAAAUUCCGAACAGCUGCCAUGCUCUCCGUGUUCAUCGUCUCUGCCGUCGUCCACGAGUACGCCCUGGCCAUGGGCUUCGGCUUCUUCUACCCCGUCAUGUUCUUUCUCUUUGCCAUCUUUGGAGUGGUGUUCAACUUCACCAUGAACGACAAGCGACGGAGCCCCGUGUGCAACGUCAUCAUGUGGGCGGGCCUCUUCCUCGGUCAGGGUGUCCAGGUGUGCCUGUACUGCCAGGAGUGGUACGCCCAGAUACGCUGCCCUCGGACAGGGAACAGUUUCCUGGAGCUGUUGACGCCCCGAUCGUGGUCCUGCAGAUGAAGUGGAGGAGGGAUGAGCUGACGGAAGAAUGAAGGUCUGAAAAUCGUGAUGGAUUGAACAGAGAGAGCGAGUCGGGAUAACUUGAAAUGUAAAUAUGAAAGGUGCUGGGCUCGUAGCGUUUCUUUCUUCUGGUCAAAAUGUGACUGUGUCUCUGUGUUGUUAUUCGAGUGCGAUGAUGUCUCCGAGCUGUGACAUCUGAAUUAUUUAAAGUUUUAUUUGUGCUGAUAGUAUUAAAUACUGCUGAAUAAUUCAGGCUGUGUAAAAAGUGUUGUAAUGGACCGAUUCUUCACCAAGUGAUGAUAUAAAUAUCUUACUGUAAGGAAAAUGUAGCACAUUAAAUCAAACCCCAGUAUUUUUUAAACCUGGGCCCUCUAUUCAUGUUUUGGUGUAAAUGAUUCAUGCUCUGCAAAAGUUUUGGAGUCAGUCCAGCAGGUUGCCUCCGGUGGCAGUCGCAACACGGCUGUAGUGGACCGAACUCAGACCGUCAAAGAUUAAAGGUGCUUGUUUCUGUCACUGACAGGCUGAAGUUGUUGUUCUUAAUUCUCUGACAACGUUAUGGAAGUGAUUCCUGUGGAGAUCAACCUUUUUGUUAAAUAAUGAGAUCCAUUUUGGGACCAGACACAUAAGUUUUGUUCAGUGGAAAGUCUCUCUCUGAAAUCCAGUGUUCCAAUCUUCAGCCGUGACUUUGGAAAUAAAUUCUUGCUUGCAGUUCCUCUUGAUGAGCUCCAAACUUCUCACAUGAUUUCAGAGCGAGACUUCUCCCUGAACUAGACUCGAGACAAAAAGGAUCUUUUAUUUUCAAACUAAAUCUCUGUGUGGUAAUCGUUUCCCUAAGGGUGUCAGACAUUUCAUAUGAUAACAACCUCCUGCCAGUGAGUACCAAAAACAGACAGAGCCAGGCUAACCAUUGCUUUUGUCUUUAUGCUAAGCUAGGCUAAUUGCCUCCCUGCAUAUAUACAGAAUCAUCUGUAGUGAGGAAAUAUGCACUGUAUAGGGUUGCACAUAUACUCAGCUGAAACAAGUAUCCAGUACAACUAUGUGCUUUUAUCAGUAAAGUAAAAUGUGAGAAAAUCCGUACUUCUUGUCAGGUAGCUGAGUGAAGUUUGUGAAAUGACAUUUUGUAAAUAGUUUUUUUUUUUUUUUACUAUAUAAAAACACAGAAAG